GUGAAGGGACCAGGGGUUGGCCUGCUCGGUUACUCCAAAGGAGCUGAUCUGUCUCUCGCCAUGGCUGCCUUUCUGAAGAACAUCACAGCUGUUGCUUCCCUCAGUGGCGCUGUAGCCAAUACAGUUAUCCCUCUCUGCUACAAGGAUAAAACCAUCCCCCCUUUGCCCAUCAAUGAACAACAGCUCAAGGUCAUUGAUUCCAAUAUUCUUGAUUGUUCUGACAUGCUUUUUGACCCCUUCCAAGUCUCUGGCAACCGAAGCCUGAUCCCACUAGAGAAAGCUGAGGCACAGCUAGUAUUCAUCACGGGCCAGGAUGAUCACAUUAUUGAAUCUGAGUAUUACGCUACUGAAGCCUGCAAGCUUUUGCAGGCUCAAGGGAAGGAAAAUUUUCAGAUUCUGUCUUACCCUGGAACAGGGCACUGCAUUGACCCUCCCUUUUUCCCUCUGUACACCAUAGGAAAGCACCCCGUUUUUCACAAGUGGGCAGUCCUGGGUGGGGAGCUCAGGGCUUAUUCUAAAGCUCAGGCUCAUGCUUGGCCACAGAUCCAGGCUUUUUUCAACAAAUACUUAAAUGACAACUCAUGUGCAAGAAAGACACAGCUUUAA